CAGUGUAUGUAUUUAAUAUGCGUAUUGUAAAUUGUCUGAGGCUACGUCGUUAUUCCGGCAUAUUCUACCGAAUACCACAUCCUUCCGUGUAUCUGGUUACAGCGAGUUCUGCCCGGUUCCCAGGACUAGACGCUACAUUCACUGUCUCCAUACCAAACACACGCAAAAUCCCUGCGAUCGAGCGAGGACUAUUUUUCUCGUUCCAGAGAAGCGCACACCCGAGACGUCCCCGCCCACAGAGGAGGCUGCAACCACGCGAAUUGUCACCCAGACGUGUCAGCGUUGAUCGGAAGCCAGCAGUGAGUUGCAGAGCCAGUUUAAUUUUUUAAGCAGGCUGUCUUUUUCGCCCUGGGCGACUGAGGAGGACCGGAGCCCGCGGGCGGAGAAGUGGCGCCCGCCCCUCCGUCGCUCCAUCCCAGACCGUUGCCUCAGGCUGGCUCCGCUCCUCAUCAAUCACCGCCUCCCACUCCCCGAACACCGUCCUCUGUUAAUCUUCCCCCCUCUUCGCUCGCUCUUGGGCUGACCGUUUUGUUGUGCGAGUCAUGUCCGCCCGCGUCUGGUUCGUGACAGAUCGCAGGAUCCUGCAGGAUUACCCUCAGCAGGAGAUCGAACGCGCUCUCCGCCAAAAAUGCGCCGAGGAGGAGGUAGAGUUUCGCAUGGUCUUGAUGGACGAGAUAGUCAUCACCAUCGAGCAAGGAGCUUUGGGACUGCGUAUCAAACAGGAGCUGAUAACCAGUUACCCUCAGGUGGUGGUGGUAAGAGUUCCCACUCCUUCAGUACAGAAUGACAGUGAUAUAACAUUAUUGCGCCACCUUGAAAAGAUGGGCUGUCGCUUGGCCAAUCGACCUCAGGCCAUAUUGCACUGUGUUAACAAGUUCUGGACGUUCCAGGAACUAGCUGGUCAUGGAAUACCAUUACCUGACACUUUCUCUUAUGGUGGUCAUGAAAAUUUUGCAAAAAUGAUUGAUGAAGCUGAACCUUUGGGAUAUCCAGUAGUUGUUAAAAACACACGAGGUCAUCGAGGUAAAGCAGUAUUCCUGGCACGAGACAAGCAUCAUUUAUCAGAUUUAUCUCACCUAAUACGACAUGAUGCUCCGUACCUUUUCCAGAAAUAUGUAAAGGAAUCUCAUGGGAAGGAUAUCCGUGUAGUGAUGGUGGGAGGCCGAGUAAUUGGUGCGAUGUUGCGCUGCUCCACUGAUGGAAGAAUGCAAAGCAAUUGUUCACUAGGAGGUGUUGGUGUGCUGUACCAGUUGAGUGAGCAGGGCAAGCAGUUGGCAAUCCAGGUUUCCAAUAUUUUGGGCAUGGACAUUUGCGGUAUUGAUCUGCUCAGAAAAGAUGAUGGUUCAUUUGUAGUGUGUGAAGCCAAUGCAAAUGUAGGUUUCAAAGCCUUUGACAAAGCUUGCAAUUUGGAUGUAAGUAGUAUCAUAGCGGACUAUGCCCUGUCGCUACUGCCAAGCAGACUGACCAGGAAAAUGUCACUUCUUUCUGUAGUUUCUAGUGCUAGUGAAACAAGUGAGCCAGAGGUGGGGGCUCCUGCUAGCUCCGUCCCAGAGAGUGUAUUCACUAUGAGUGUGGGAUCGAGCUCCAGCGAGAGUGACCCUGAAAUAGUGGAGGUCAGGGAUACUGACACUACUGUUUCCAGGUCCAUGCACACUGUACUGCCUGAGCCAGGCUACAACAUGAACAAUCUCAUAAAUACUGAAAUUAAAAUAUUGAGUGAGUGAAAAGAGGAAGCUCUACUAACAGGUAUAAACAGAAGUGCUUUCCUAGCUCAGCUGGAUGAAAAGGAUAAAGAAUUAUCUAAAAGGAUGUGAUGUAAUUUUUUUUCUUGCCUUUUAACUAUUAAGUCUGAAUUUGUGCAUAACCCUGAUUGAUUACAACCAUCAAUCCACUCCAGGUGGGUUAUCGUGUCUUGAUGCCAUUGGGGUUGGUGGAAGUAUUUGUUAUCCACGACCUUUAAACUUAAAUCAGUAACACAAUAGGAUGAUUGAUUAAAAGACAUUGCCUUGCAAUAAGAAGGUAAUUGGUUAAUGUCUUAAAGGCAGAUACCAGUUAAUGUUGUGGGGGGAAAGCCUUCAUCAGUUCUAGUUGGGAAAUGCAUUGCCUCUACUUGACAUCUCCCUAUGUUGGCAUGGUUGAAUUUCUACAUUUUGAGUCAAUCUCUUACCUCUGUACAAUGAACUGCCCUUCUAUGUUAUUUUCCUUUCCUUAGAUUAGGUAAUUUUCAUGUUCCUUGUUUUCUGUUUGCUAUAUUAGCAGAGCUACUUGAUAAAAUCUGCCUAUACAGAACAUUUUUCAGGAAUUUUGGUGGGAACAGUUCAAGCUUGUUGUGCUAAUUAACAAAUCUGACAUUAUACUGACAGUAUACUGGAGCAUGUAGUCACUUAUAAACUUGUGUUUCAGUUGGCUUCAAAACAAAUUAAGGAUGAUGGGGAAAAAUUACAGCACACACCAAAUAUAAUACAAACUGCAAUUUUGAUUCUUCCACUCAUUAAACAGAAGAUUUUUAAAUUGUAGGGUUAAAAUAUUCAGAAAAUAGAAUCUUGCAGAAAAUUAGAGAAUUUAAUUGGUAGUGUGAAAAACUACAUGGUUAAUCAUCUGAUAAUCUGAAUAGAUUUUGGAGUUUGGAAUAUGAUGUCUGCCAGGCAAAUUAAUGGAUAAGGGAGGUUAUGUUGAUAUGAGACUAGAAACAAUGGGAAAAUAAGUUGCUUGGAAGAAGUUUCCCUUUGUUUUAAUGUGAGAGUAUCUUAGUGGAGAUUCAGUUAUGAGAUCAAUAAAUUCUUCAUUUUUAUCAACUCAAUUGAUUAAUUUGUAACUCCAUACAAACAAUCUUAGGCAUAACAUGGAAAUAAAUGGGUUUUGUAGUCUCAUUCUUUGACAAUGUCCUUUUGCUUCACGAGUAACUAAGUUGAUAUGUGGUAUGAAGCCCGUGUUUUCAAUCAUUUUAAUUUUGCUUCCCAACACUUAUACCAGCAUUACAGUUUAAAAUGAACAUAAACUAGUUGUCCCAUUUGAACUAUUGUCUCCAAUAUUUUUACCCUGUUUAUUAUUGUGCAUUAUGCUGAAAUGUAAAAUGCUUAUCUGCAUAGUAACCAGCUGAUUUAACAGGUGAAGUCCACAAGGCGCCAUAUACACACACAUACAUAGUAUCUCAAAGCUAAUAGGAAUUCAAAAAUCAUUUUACAUAAUUCAAAAUCACAAAUUUGAUGUUUAUAUGCCAAAAUACCACUAUCUGUUAGAUAGGUAAUAUCCACAAAAUUUGUGAUUAUAGAGAGAUGGACUGGAUUAUCUCAGAUAUAUCAGAAGCCAGCUGCAAAGAUGGUCAUUGAGCCUCUGUUGUAAAAAGAUAGUGUCUGUAUUUAUGAAUUAUAGAUUCCAAUAUGAUUAAUACAUUAGCAUUAUAUUGUGCUUUUUGAGUUUCAGAAAUUAGUGAGUUUGAGUGCACAUUACUGAUUGUGUGUCUUUUGGAGUAUAAAUGUCAGCAAGCAUAAAAAAUUUAUUUAGAAAUACUAGAGAUUCAAAAAUAGUUCAAAUAUAAGCUUUUAUCAUCAUCACUGUUGUAAAUACUUAAAAGCCAUCAUCUUAUCUAGCUAUUGCAUAAUAAAAAAUCAAGUAAAAUGGCUCCAUUAAGUGGCAAUUAGUAGGUGGGAUUAACUGCAUACUAACCACAUUAAUGGAUUAAAUAUACCAAUUUUUAAAAAAUGACAAUGUAGUAUUAAAAAUAAUUAUUACAUUGGGAUUGAAGUAACCUGAUUUGGCCAUAGGAUUUGUUCAUUUGCUGAAUUUUGGCCUAUUGCCCAAAGAAAUUGGCUUGAGAUGCUGAAAAGAAACCAGAUCUCUAAAUGUAAUAGAAGUAUUACUGUAUACAGGACUCACUAUGAUUGCAUGCUCCACAAUAAGCUGCACAUGUAUCUCACAAAUGCUUACAUAUUAACGCAAACAUGGUGUUAGGCACUCUGCACCAUUGCUAUCCAAGAAAGCUCGGAAGUAGUUUGUUGAUCUGUGAGUAAUUAAAGCAGUAAAAGACAGGUUCUGACUGCAGUGAUGGGUACAUGAAGACCAUAAUGAUUUGUGUCUGCACAACAGCUAUGUUUUAUUUAAUUAAUUCCUUCUGGGAGAACUGCAUUUACCCAACAUAUAGAGAGAAAGUGGUGAAGAUGCUUGGCAGGACACACAUAAUCUAUGGAACGAGAUAAACAGAGAUACCAUUUUAGAUCUAUUUUUCUUGCAUGUAGCAUUUUCUGUUUUUAUUCUGAUUUUCAGAAGCUAGUUCUUUUUGCAGAUGUAUUAUAUAUAAUUCAAUUAACUUGAAAAUUAUUGCAGUUUUAAAGGAGCUGAAAGAUUUGCACCAAUAUUUCCUUGAAGUAAUUGUCUUUUUCAGAUGGUUUGUGAAUAUUUACUUCUAUAAAGUAUAUAAUGUACUGCAAUUUUUAAACAUCAUCUAUUUUGGAAAAUAUCUCAAAUUCCAGGCGUUACUUUCAAAUAAUAAUCUGACUACUUCAACUCUUCUCCAGCUCCCGCUUUUCAAUAAAUAUUAACAAUUCUUGGAAACAUUUCAGCUGCAUUAAGGAGUAAAAAAGGACCUACUUCAUGCAGUUAAACAUUGACUAAAAAUCUUAAAUAUUUUUGCAUACAAUUUCUUGACAACUAAAGACAUAAAUACAUCACUUUGACUUUGGUGUGCCUGGUCUAGAGGGACAAGGGAACUAAUCUCCAGGAGGAAGUAUAAACAGUACCAAAAAAUUAAAACAGAUUUGGUUCUUAUUUCCAGUAGUGUUUGUAAUAUUCUGGUUUUGACUCCAAGUCAUAAAGCCUACUAAUGUUUGCUACUCAAACUUGCCUUUGAAGUGCCUGAGAGUCACCAAGUAUAACUGUCACCUAAUCUUUACCGAAGUAAAAACAAAGGAGAAGAUGCAAUUGUUUUUUGCACUUUUCUGAAUGCUUUCAACAACAAACAGAAAAUUCUGUGCAGUUAACAUUUAUUGCACAAACAAUAUACUUUCACAAUCCUCACAUUUUUUUCUAACAACAUGGGUUAGCCUUGAUGUUUUAUCUAAAGAAAUUCCUUGAUUUCUCUGUACAAGUGAUAUUUUAAGAAUGACAAGGUUUUAAUCUAGAUUAAAUUGUAACUGGAAAAAAGAAGGCACAUUUUCACAUGCACUGUUAAUGACUUUUUCUUUUUCUCUGUGUUCUCUUUGAAUUGUGCCCUUGUGAAAUUAUGCAUCUGUACAAAGGUGGCUUUAAAUUUGGAAUUUUCUGUCAUCUUUGUGAACAUCUAAAAUUUGGGUAAAUGAGUGGGGGAGUGUCUUAAUGUUAUUGAGGGAGAGACGUAACUAAUGGAGCACAUACGGUUUUUAUGUGAAAUUGGAGAGUUCUAAACUGAUAGAAAAUUACAUACAAGUAGAGAUGGUUUGCAAUUUCAGAGCAUUUAAGGGAAUGAAGGGCCUCUCUGUUUGCACAAAUAAGUCCUGAAAAAUUUAGUGUAAUUAACUCUGGCAACUGAAGAGUGACAAUUUUUUUUUUAAAAACAGUAGUUCAGCAUGAAAAUGGUGAUAAGGAAGCAACAGGAGUGUUUUUGAUGCACUGCCCCAUCUCUUUCAGUAACUUAAAAUAUUAAAGUUUUUACUUAGUAAUACUGUGACAAGUUGCAUAUGCAAUGGUUUGCACAGUGGAAGUAUCCUGGUUAAAAUAAGACAUUAACACUUGAGUGAACCUGUGAGAUAAUUCAUGAUAUGCAGUUAGCUGUUGAGCAAAUCUAAAAUUUAAAUUGAUUUUACUUUUAUAAUCUGCUAAUGGUGAUUUUAAACAAAAAUUAAACAUUGCAAGCUAUACACUUGUGGAAUUUUUUACAGAUGUGUAUUUCUUUACUUGCACAAUGUUCCCUUCUAUGGAUUGUGUUCUGAACGUAAACAACAAACAAGGGUCAUGUAGUUGCUAACCCAGUGCAAUGUAGUUAUCAGAAAUAAUUGGAGGAAACAAAUAAGGACACGAUAAUAACUUUAGUUAUGAGAUCCACCACUCUGUACCAAAAAUACUAAAAUGUUGCACAAUAUUUAGAUGGGAGACGCUGGCAGAAAAUAUAUCCUUUCAUUCUAAUUUGGUUUGAGAUGUGAGCACUGGAACAGAAAUAUUAUUACCGAUCUUUAGCACUUGCAACACCUUCAGAGGAUUUCUUUAACAUAAUCCUUGAAAUUGUAAGUGGGUGUUCUAGGAUCGGCAUGAUAGAACAGGCAGAGAAAUAAAGCGGGGGGAAAAAACCUGGAAUUCCUGAUUUAGUGUUGAAUCACAUUCCAACACCUGUCACUUUGCACUAGCAGACUUCAGAGCAGUUCAUUUUAGAGUGUGAAACUGAGACAACUAUGCCAAUCCUGAUACUUGGGUGUGUUUCCAGAUCAACUGAGGGAGAGCAGGAGUGGAAACCCUGUCUUAUUCUUCGGGCAUAAAUAAUAUGUUAUGCAUAUUUACGUAGGUAGGAAUUAAAUCAUUUGUAUUUAAGAGAAAAAUGUAUUUGAACAUCUGAAAAUGAGUUUAUGCUUUUACAGCUUAUUUCAUAAAGUGUUCUUUAAACAUUGGGGUAGGAAUGGGAGGGAAAGGUAUGAAAAUGUACACUGUAUGAAUAAGCUGUAAGUGUUCUGAUGCACUGAACUGUACAGCUAUGAAGUUGAAUUUAUUGAUGGUUUUACUAACUGCUUUUCUCUGUAGAGCAUUGUUUAGAGCAAAAUUGUUUUUUUGUGAAAGUAUGCCUGCAUGCUAGACUGGGUGCCUUGCUCAAAUGUGAUUGAUGCAGUAGUCAGAAGGCCACAAAUAAGAUAGGGUAUAAGGCAUUUGCACAACCAGGUAUCCUUGACAACAUUAGGAAAAUAAUUGAGGCAGUUUUACAUAUCAAUUCUUGAUGAUUUUGUGUAAAUUACUUUUACUGGAGAUAGCUUGGGAGAUGUGCAUUACACUUGUUUUCAGUCAUCCUUGUUGGGAUAAGUUAGCACCAUUUCCAUUCUGGUCAAUGUAUUGUGAAAAGUAACCCACUACUUUUUUCUUUUUGGGUAAACUACAGUAAGCUAAAAGGUGAUGCAGUUUAUUAUUUUCAGAAUGUAUAUCCUUGAUUUUACAUUGCACUUGCAACAUGGUUUGUGAUUUAGGAUCUGCCAGUAGUGGAAUGUGCAAUUACCUUGUCUUCAGGAUCAAACAGCCAGGAGUUGUAAAAGUGACUGUGGCAUUCAAAUAGUGCAAAAUAAAAUUAGAGUAUGCAUUCUGUUCAGAUAAUCUAUUAGACCCUUGGGCUGCAGUUCUGAAUGGUGUAAUAAUGAUUUGCACCAAAAGGACCUUGUAUAUAAGUUGUGAAUUUUUAUAAACCUAAAUUUGUAGCUUUUUUUUUAUCUUGUCCAACUGGCAGCUAGAAUUUGAAAAUUUAUAAAUGCGUAAAUUUUUCAUCUUUUUUCACAGAAAAUGAUAUUUUAUAAAUUUAAACUUUUUAAAAAACAUUUUUACUUUUUAAUAAAUAUUGUUCUACUUGUGAUUUGUCAUUUGAAUAUGAAACUAAAAUAGAAAAUGUUCCACUUGUAGACCUGGUGCUACUUUAUGUGCUACUUGCGCCGCUUUGUUGUACAGCUUUUUUGUUGACAUCUGAGUAACUGCAGCCCAAAGGUAUAAUAAAACAUAUUAACUCAUUUUAUGAUUUUGAUUCUGAUGAUAUGAGUGAUAUCCUUUGCCAUAAAUGCAAACUAUCCUUUUGCUUUUGCCAUGAAGAAACAAACUCUUCUCUAUUUUGGUCUUUUUUGGCAGUCAUCUAUUACAACAGUGGGUUACUAAUUUAUUUUUGCAUUCCGUGUGUGUGUGUGUGUGAAAGAGAGAGAGAGCGCAUAUGUAUGUUUUUUUGUGAUUUGUAAAGAUGUGAAGAGUGUGGUUAAAUGGUAAGUGGUUGACUUGCAUUAUUUGAAAAUUUGAAGGACUAAUGAAAUUGAGAAUACUUGGUAGUGGGUUCAUGAACAUUUGAAUGGAAGUAAACUGAAUUCUUGAAAUCAGUAUUGUACUUUCCUUCCUAUGUGUAUGUGAAUUUUUAACAAUAAACCAACUGGAGUUUUA